CCGACGAAAAUUGGUUUUCCAGCUGAAGAUACAAGGUUGACAUAGUUGUUAUUUACGUGUUGGGUCGUCUGCCGCUAUCAAGAAAACGAAACAAAAAGAACAUUGAUUAAUUUGUGGAAUGAAAUGGAAGUUUUGUCUACAUUAGAACGCAAAACUCCGAUAAAAUAUCCAGUAGGAGUUGGUCUUAGACCAUUUGUAAAGCCGGAAUGUUUACAUGCACGUCCGGGUGAUUUGAUAGAAAUUGAUCGCACAAUUUUCGCAGAAUGGGGUUUGUAUUUUGGAAAAGGAGAAGUUGUCUUAUUGGGUGGCGAUUUAAUGACAGGAAGAACAACCUCCACUAAAGUCGUUAAAAGAAAAUUAUUAGACAUGGGAAACGUCCUUGUGCGCGUGAACAAUAAGAAAGUACCUGCAAAAAAUCGUUCUCUUGUGUCAUUAAAGGCAAAGACAAUCAUUCAAAAUGUGAACAAACUAAUUGGAAAGACAGUUGAUUAUAACAUUUUAAGUAGAAACUCAGAACAUUAUGUUACAGAAUGGAAAUAUGGGCAUGGCUGGAGUGAUCAGUCAAGAAUGGCUCUUCAAUCCAUGACAAUAUUUUCUACGCCACCUUCACCAAAAGAUGCCGGUAUUGCUCAUGAAAAACUGUCAGAAAGUAUAAAGAGUAUCCUACAAACACAGAACUCUAUUGAAGAUCUACAGUCUCCUAGUGCGGGAACUUGAAGUCCAUACUAUUUUUACUCUAUUGGGAGUUUACUGCAAACACAAGUUACGUGCAGAGAAUGAGAUGUCGGGUGCUCUGGUAAAGAUACCAGAAGUCCAUUUAUCAAACUGUUUGAACUUUUUAAAUAAGGAGUUUACUACAUCAAUGACAUUAUUAUUUCAACACUAAA